UUUUUUUUUAAAAAAAAAAAAAAAAAAAAUAUUUUUUUUUUUAUUUCGGGAAACUCCUUUCAAAUAUUCCAUCAUAAACGAAAUAAUAAUAACUAAAAUGGCAAUAAAAAGUGAGAUUCAUUUUUAUGGAGAUGGAGAUUGUGAAUUAGUUGCAGAAAAUUUAUUAUUUCGGGUUCACAAAAAUAUUUUGGUUCUUUCCUCUGCAUUUUUCAAUGGAAUGUUUUCAGCCGCUCAACCAUCUAGAGAUGAAUUAAUAACUAUAUCACAAACAGGUAGAACAGUCGCACGUAUAGAAUUACGUGAUGCAGCAAACGAUAUAGAAAAAUUACUUUCAUUUCUUUAUCCAAAUACGUUUUUUGAAAUAAGUUGGGAAGAUGUGGAAAAUCUUUUACGUUUAGCAGAUAAAUAUAUUGUUGAAACUUUAACUUCAGCUUGUGUAGCAUUUUUAAAAAGAUCUUAUCAAGAUGAACCUUUAAGAUCUUUAAAAUUGGCUGAAACUUAUUCUAUUGCAACUGUAUAUAAAGAAUCUUCAAAAUUAGUUUUAGAUGGUUUUGAACAUUUCUUUUAUGAUUCAAAUAAUCUUGAUAAAUUAUCAAAACAAACUCAAAAGAAAUUAAAAGUUUCAAGACAACAAUAUGUUGAAGGUUUAAAUAAAAUAUUUUGCGUUACCGUUGAUAGAAGAUUUCCUCCUUUAGCUACUGAUCAUUUAAGAACAAAAUUUGAAGAAUGUGUUAAAGAUAUUUGUACUUUUCCUUAUCAAUCUCCAAGUUAUAGUUGGAUGAAAUUACAUCAAGUCGAUUGUACUCGUCAUUUUGAAUGUAGAGAAGAAUUAAGAAGAUUAAAAACUUUUAUUCAUGAAAAAAUUAUUGCUAUAUUUGGUUGUAAAUAUGAACCUUUGGCUUGGGCUCGUUCUACUUUUGAUACUACUGAACCUUGUUAUCCUUUCAUUGAAUUACGUGAUGAUUAUGAUUAUUAAAUAUGACGAAGGUUAAACGAAUGGGGAAGUGGGGUGAAAUGUUAUGAUGAUAUUAUGUAUCAAUAUCAAUAUACUAUACUGUAUUUAUUAUUAUUAUAUAUAUAUACUUACUAUUUUUUUCUUGGUAGAUUUUUAUUGUUUAUAAUUUAUAUGUAAAUUUUUCAUUAAAAGGAAAAUAAAUUUUAAUUGAUUUAAUAUAAU